AUGUUGGUCAACUCUCAGCCGCUGCCAUGGAAGUGUAGGUUGAGGAUUGCAAUGGGCAUAGCUAAUGCCAUUGCAUAUCUCCAUACUGCAUUUUCCAGGCCGGUUGUGCAUAGAGAUAUCAAGUCCCCCACCAUUAUAUUGGAUAAGGAGAAUGUUGCCAGAUUGAUUGACUUCUCACUCUCCAUAUCUAUCCCUGAAGGUCAGUUGCAUGCAGAGGAUUCUGUGCGGGGGCGAAUGAGUCUUAUUGAUCCUGAAUAUCUUAGUACAGGCCAUGUAAACCAGAAGACUGACGUGUUUAGUUUUGGUCGAUUUCUACUUGAGCUUUUGGGUCCUCCAAUCGGCUUUCUUGCUAUAGGGUGGGCGGAGUCGGUCGAUGUACAAAACCGGUUGAUUGAAAUUGUAGAUCCGGCGUUACUGAAAGAAAGAAUUGAUGCGGAACAGUUUCUAGCUUUUGCAAGGCUCGGCCUGAGUUGUUUGUGUGAAAAAGGAGAAGAUCGGCCAGAAAUGAUCGACGUGGCAAAACAACUCAGACGUAUUUAUCAGUCAGUCUCACCACUUUAA